AUUCUCAUCUAUCCUUCCCUGCAAUUUCUGGACUUUAAUCUGCCAUCCUAUGUGACAAAUGCAGAUAAUGAUAUCCUAUCUAGAGAAGAUCAUGCCAAUUUUGUUUCCCUGUACCUUAAUGGUUCUACAAACCUCACAGACAUCUUUCUUUCUGGUAAUCAUUCGCAACAUCUUAGAGGCACAAAGUACAUGUCAUAUCUAGGAAAACCAACUUUAGAAGCUUUACAGGAAAAGCCUCAAAUACAACUGGAUUCAAGGACAUCAGAAGCUUUAACACAUUUCAGAGGAUCUCCUUUGAUGGCUGAAGACUUCAGGGGAAUCCCACCAACCUUUAUCAUUACUGCAGAAUUUGAUGUGUUAAGGGAUGAAGGGUUUCUUUAUUCAGAGCGAUUACUAAAAGCAGAGGUUCCAGUCAAAUACAAGAACUACAAGUCUUUUCAUGGCUUUGUGACAACUGCAACUGAAGGCGGACCAGCAAGAACGGAUGAAGGUGAUGAGGCUUUUGCAGAUAUAGUGCAGUACAUUAAAGACAUACUGACCAGUCUUGAGGAAAACGUUUAA